AUGUCGAAGCAAGACGAAGGAGUGCGCUCAUUCAGGGUGUUUGGGAACAAAACCAAACUUGUAUCAAUUGAGGAAAUUGUGGAGUCAGUUGAAUUCCUGACAAAAAAUGUCAUCAAAUUUGAUGAUAAUGUGACACGAAAAGACGGCUUUUGGGGACAGGUGUGCAGUGCACAUACCAUUCCUAACACCAAAAACAAUCGCUAUAGACUUCUUAGAGCAUUUCGUAAGCACCAGCCAGAUUCGUCCCCAUCUCCAGUGCCAUCCGAGGACAGUGGAAGUGCCGCUGGAGAUGAAAGACGCAAGUCUUCUGAACCACACCAGCCAGAUUCGUCCCCAUAUACAGUGCCAUCCGAGGACAGUGGAAGUGCUGCUGGAGAUGAAAGACGCAAGUCUUCUGAACCACACCAGCCAGAUUCGUCCCCAUAUACAGUGCCAUCCGAGGACAGUGGAAGUGCUGCUGGAGAUGAAAGACGCAAGUCUUCUGAACCACACCAGCCAGAUUCGUCCCCAUCUCCAGUGCCAUCCGAGGACAGUGGAAGUGCUGCUGGAGAUGAAAGACGCAAGUCUUCUGAACCACACCAGCCAGAUUCGUCCCCAUCUCCAGUGCCAUCCGAGGACAGUGGAAGUGCCGCUGGAGAUGAAAGACGCAAGUCUUCUGAACCACACCAGCCAGAUUCGUCCCCAUAUCCAGUGCCAUCCGAGGACAGUGGAAGUGCUGCUGGAGAUGAAAGACGCAAGUCUUCUGAACCACACCAGCCAGAUUCGUCCCCAUCUCCAGUGCCAUCCGAGGACAGUGGAAGUGCCGCUGGAGAUGAAAGACGCAAGUCUUCUGAACCACACCAGCCAGAUUCGUCCCCAUAUACAGUGCCAUCCGAGGACAGUGGAAGUGCUGCUGGAGAUGAAAGACGCAAGUCUUCUGAACCACACCAGCCAGAUUCGUCCCCAUAUACAGUGCCAUCCGAGGACAGUGGAAGUGCUGCUGGAGAUGAAAGACGCAAGUCUUCUGAACCACACCAGCCAGAUUCGUCCCCAUCUCCAGUGCCAUCCGAGGACAGUGGAAGUGCCGAAGGAGAUGAAAGAUGCAAGUCUUCUGAACCACACCAGCCAGAUUCGUCCCCAUCUCCAGUGCCAUCCGAGGACAGUGGAAGUGCCGCUGGAGAUGAAAGACGCAAGUCUUCUGAACCACACCAGCCAGAUUCGUCCCCAUCUCCAGUGCCAUCCGAGGACAGUGGAAGUGCCGCUGGAGAUGAAAGACGCAAGUCUUCUGAACCACACCAGCCAGAUUCGUCCCCAUAUACAGUGCCAUCCGAGGACAGUGGAAGUGCCGCUGGAGAGGAAAGAUGUGAGUCUCCAGUCCAAGGCUUCAUGAUUAGUGAAUCAGAUGAAGACGGGUUUGUCAAAAUCUGUGUGCCUAAGAACCCCUCCUUCUUUUUCAUUGACAAGAGUGAGUGGGAUAACCUGAUAAAGAAGAGGAAAAAAAGAGGCUUUGCAGGACUUCAAUGGACCACAGUAAUUUCCAAAGGGCUGAGGACAAUACACCCAUACUGUUCAUUUGCUUUUAAAAGACACAGACUGAAAGGAUUGGGUUUGAAACAAACCAGCCCAGAAUUUUCAUGUCUUGCCUACUGCCGAUUUGAAGAUUGUCCAGUCACUGUUACAGUGACUGUGGAUAGUGACAAGGACCUUAAAGCAACAGUUGAAUUUCAGGGUGAACAGUGCAUACAUAAUCGCACUGAACUUAAAAGAAGACCUGUAAGAGCAAAUGACAGAAAAACAUUAGGGAAGGAAUUACAAAAACAGCUCCCACGAGCAAUGUUUCUAGAGAACAUAGCCAAAAUACCUGAGGAUGUAAUGGAGUCCGGCUGUAGAGAUGUUGCUCCGAGUCGCAAUGUCUUGAAAAACAUUUCAUGGGAAGCCCGUAAGUCAAGCCGCCAACACAGCAAUGAAAUAAUCAGCCUUCAAAUAAUGCUACAAAAGAGAACAAAGAGUCCAGAUGAGGUACUCCAGAAAGUGAUGCUACACCCAAAAGGGGUCCUGCUGUGGUCAAAAAGGAGUAUACACAUUUAUCAGGAACGAUGCCAGGAGGACAUAAUUUAUCUAGAUGCGACUGGAAGCAUAAUGAGGAGAGAGACAGGAUCACCUCCAUUCUAUGUAUAUGAGUUGGUGGUCAGAAAUCCACACAAAACCUCAUCUCCAUUUCCUGUUGCCACGUACCUUACUUGCGACCACACCACAGCCUCAGUUUUGUAUUUUCUUGAGGCAUUUCUAACAGACGUGGCAAGGUGGUUUGGAAGGAAGGGCAUGCGGUCACCUGUCAUGGUCAUUUGUGAUGGGUCAAUUGUGUUAAUGCAGGCUAUAUGCAUGGCAUUUGCCAAAAAAAACCUGACUGACACAAUAAACCACUAUUACAACAUUGCAAGUGGAAAAGGGAAACCGGAAGACUUUGAUGUGCCAAUUCUGCAUAGAUGCCUCAGCCAUGUGAUGAAGAAUGCGAAGGAAAUGUGCAGAAAUGCAACAAACCACUACCACCUGGCAAUGCAUGUCUUUGGUGCCCUCACAACUGCAAGCACUUUAAAAGAACUGGAUGACAUGGUUCAAAGUGCUACAGUUGUUUUCUCCAGUCCAUGCUGUGGUGCAAGUGUUGAGAAGCACUUCAAGAACCUGCAAUCGUGGCUGCAGAAAAAAGGGACUCCAUCGGAUGAGACUACCAAGUCUAGAGGUGAUGCAGAGGACUUGAAGGAUAUUACAGGAAGCAACAGAUUUGCAAAACGUUGCAAUGCAAUUAUUUCUAAUGCCCCACUGGACAAGCAUGGAGAGGUCAAUGUGUACCAAUGGCAAAGGGCUUAUUGAUCACCUCAAGAAAUAUGUUCUGCCAUUUGCUGGAUUAUGGACCGGGAUAAUGCUAGGUUUGUCAUAUAACUAAGUCACAUUUCCCUUUUGGACAGAAAUAUCAGACGGUGUGUUCUCUGACAAUUUGAAAAAAAAUUUUUGUUUUUUUUUAAUACAAAGGUGACCUUGGACGACAUGGGACAGGACCACAAUAUAAGCAGUGCUCCAGGAGAUACAAUGCCCUGAGAAAGCUUACAAGACAAGUAAUUAUAUAGUUUGUACCAUUCGAGUAAAUUGUGACACAACUCUUAUUUUUUCGUACAGAUAAAUUAUGUUUUCACCUGUCUUUGUAUCCUUUCUCAGAAC